AUGGCGAAGGAACAGCCCACCCGUACCGGCCUCGCCGUCGGCCUGAACCGUGGCCAUAAAACCACCCCUCGCGUCUCGAAGCCCCGCGUCUCGUCGCUCAAGGGCCGUCUCAGCAAGCGCACUGCCUUCGUGAGGGACAUUGUCCGGGAGGUCUCUGGUCUUUCCCCCUACGAGCGCCGCGUUAUCGAACUGCUCCGCAACAGCCAGGACAAGCGCGCCCGCAAGCUGGCCAAGAAGAGGCUCGGUACCUUCGGCCGCGCCAAGAAGAAGGUCGAUGAGCUCCAGGGCGUGAUUGCCGAGUCCCGCCGCACUGGCCGCGAGUAA